UCCGCAGCUCUACAAAACUUUAUACUGUUGCUCGAGCUCGGCUCGUUUCGUUUGAACCGACUUCGUUUGAUUCAAAAGAGUAAAAAUAAAAAACGCGAGGAUUACCGGAAAAAGAUUUAAGUUUUAAAUUUGUAAAAUGGAUUUAAUGUUUUCCGCAAAUCCAAAGAUCUCACGUUUGCCCUAAAAAAAACUUCGCGACGCGACGCGAGUGGAUUUGCACAAACUUUUUGGCAAGGCUUUUUGCUCCGCAAUUUUGUUUGGUUUACUGUUUUUUGUUUUGUUUUUCUUCGAAGCCAGACUGUCAGUCCAAAGGAUCCCAAGGAUUUUUAGCUGAAAGGAAAUAUGACACAUCAGAGCUUUGGUUGCCUGGUCAAGUGGUUCUAUCUGGUGCUGAUCGUGCACACGCUUCUCUGCAUCGGCCAGCUAGAGUGUCGCCAGCACCACAAUCGCAACAAUAAUAAUAAUAACAACAACAACAGAAGAGCGGACUCGGCCAGCUCGGAGGAGAGCCAUGGCAACACCAGCGAUGGCCUGGACAACUUUGGAGACAAUGAUAGCAGCCUGAUUGUUAGCCAUCAGCCGCGGCGAGGUCAGCGUAAAAAACAACAAAAUGGUGGAGGAGGAGGAGGUGGAGGUGGAGGUGGUGCUCCUGGUGGCAAUGGGAGCGGUAGCCACCGACAUAACCGCGAGGAGAACGGCAUUUCGCUGUGGAUCAACGAGCAGCAGCUCAAGAUGCUAACCGCUCUUUACUUUCCCCAAGGAUACUCGGAGAAACUGUAUGCCAUCCACAACGGUCGGGUGACCAAUGAUCUGCGCGACACCACGCUGUAUAACUUCCUGGUCAUACCAUCGGAGGUGAACUAUGUGAAUUUCACCUGGAAGUCGGGUGCCAGGCGCAAGUACUUCUAUGACUUUGACCGACUGCAAACGAUGGACGACAGCAUACUGAAGGCGCCGACGCUGUCCAUCCGCAAGAGCGGACGCAUUCCACAGGAGCAGAAGAAUUUUAGCAUAUUCCUGCCCUGCACCGGUAACAGCUCCGGCACCGCGUCCUUCAACGUCGGCCUCAAGAUCCAGACGCGCCAUAACAAGCCGCUCUCGGGCACACCGAUACGCCUCAACUUCAAAAAGGAAUGCGCCCACAGAGGUGUGUAUGAUAUAGACGCUUCCAACCCUACUUCACUAACAACUUUGCAAGCUCCCGAUCCAGAAUGCAGCUUGAAGUGCGGCAAGAACGGCUAUUGCAAUGAGCAUCACAUCUGCAAGUGCAACGUCGGCUAUACGGGUCAGUACUGUGAGACGGCCUUCUGUUUCCCGCAGUGCCUCAACGGCGGCAACUGCACGGCACCCUCGGUCUGUACCUGUCCAGAGGGAUACCAGGGCACUCAGUGCGAAGGCGGUAUUUGCAAGGACAAGUGCCAGAACGGCGGCAAGUGCAUACAGAAGGACAAGUGUCAGUGCUCCAAGGGUUACUACGGCCUGCGCUGCGAGUAUUCCAAGUGCGUGAUACCGUGCAAGAACGAGGGCCGCUGCAUCGGCAACAACAAGUGCCGCUGUCCCAAUGGGCUUCGUGGCGAUCACUGUGAGAUAGGACGCAAGCAACGCUCCAUCUGCAAGUGCCGCAACGGCGUCUGCCUCUCCCAGAAGCGCUGCAAGUGCCAUCCGGGCUUCUAUGGGCGUCACUGCAACGGCCGCAAGCGGAGUCAUGCCCACUGAGAGAUAGCGGUGUUUAAGUGACCCAAAGUGGAGGCGCACGCACACCAUCUAUUGUAAUCUUCAUUAAACACUUGCUACACGAUUUCUAAUAAAAGCAACAACAACAACGACAACAGCGACAAAAGGAUGAAUCGAAAAUAAUUCUAAUUGUGAUAAAAUUUUUUUGUAAUUUAAACAUUUUUAAAUAAAAACAAAAUCUAAAAGUUGA